AUCUCUUAAGGUGGAGGAAAAAAGGCUUCCAAACUGGCAGGACCCCUUCUGUGCAGGCUUCUCGGCAUGGAGAGGCUUCUGUCGGGAUCCCUCCACCGACAUGGGGCCAGGAGUCAGAAGGGUGAGGAGGCUGUCUUCGGAGAGGCCUGGACUGGGCCUCUUUCCCAUCAGGACAGAGAGGCAGUGGUCAUUUUUCCGCCAGUGGACUUGCAACUAGGGUUUAUCUCCCCAACUUCCCAUCCCCUCCAGAGGCCUGUGUCACUCUGGACCAGGGAGGGCAGGCCUUUAUCUGGGCUCUGUUUCCUCCCCGGGGACACCAGGUCCCAGGCAAGAGAACUUGAAAGGCUCUCCCAUGGCGGUCUUAUUCCUCCUCCUCCUCCUCGGGGGGCUUCCUCAGGCUGCUGCAGACAACAUCCAGGCCAUCUAUGUGGCCUUGGGGGAAGCAAUGGAGCUACCAUGUCCCUUGCCACCCACCCUACAUGGGGACGAACUCCUGUCCUGGUUCCGCAGCCCUGCAGCAGGCUCCUCCACUGCCCUGGUGACCCAAAUCCAAGUGGCCAGGCCAGCCCCAGACCCUGGAAAGCCUGGAAGGGAGUCCAGGCUCAAGUUGCUGGGGAACUACUCUUUGUGGCUGGAAGGAUCCAAGGAGGGAGACGCUGGGCGGUACUGGUGCGCGGUGCUGGGUCAGCGCCACAAAUACCAUAACUGGCGGGUGUAUGAUGUCUCCGUGCUCAGAGGAUCCCAGUUAUCUGCCAAGACUGCAGAUGGAGCGCCCUGCUCUGUCCUCCUGUGCUCUGUGGUCCCUGCCAGGCGCCUGGACUCUGUGACCUGGGUGGAGGGGAGGGGCCCUGUGAGGGGCCAUGUGCAGACCUUCUGGGGCGACGGGGCUGCCCUGCUCUUGGUGUGUCCUGGGGAGGGGCUUCCUGAGUCCAGGGGCCGCAGACCCAGGCUCAUCCGCUGCGUCCUGCCUCAGAACAAGGGGGUCGGCUUUAGCCUGGCAGCCCCCACGGACGCCUCCCCUGCCCUCUGUGCCCCUUCCACGGGCUGGGAUGUGCCCUGGAUCCUGAUGCUGCUGUUCACAGCAGGCCAGGCUCUCGCCGUCCUGGUCCUCAGCAUCAUGCUCUGGAGGCGGAGGGUCCAGGGGGCUCAGUGCAGAGAUGCCUCGGUUCCUCAGUUCAAACCUGAAAUCCAGGUCUAUGAGAACAUCCACUUGGCCCGUCUCAGCCCACCUGCCCCCAAGGCCAGAUGAUCUCCGUGGCAUCUGCUGGAGAAUGACCUGCGGUCUCCCUGGCCACGUGGCACCCGAAAGAGCCCCUGAAAGUCUUGGCGAGAGGGGUGGGGUCGAGCGAGCUACUUCACAGCCGCUGGUCUCCCACAGACAAGCUGUGUGUGUUGGGGGGGGGGGGCGGAGAAAGGAGAUUCAUUAUUUUGUGAUGUCACCUUUGAAAAAGUGUGGUCUCCUAUCUGUAGAAGCCAGUGGAGGGUGGCCCUGAACCCACAGGCAUGGGACUGAGGGAGCUGGUGCAGCUGGAGGGGAGCAUGGUGCAGC